AUGAAAGAGACCUCAAAGGACCAGGAGAGCCUGGAAUACAGGCUGGACUGUGCUCCUGAUCUGCGGUGUGAGAAGAAAACAGAUUUAGUGCCUGUUUGCCAAAUUUGUGAGACAUGUGUCUUGGCUUGGAGAGUUUUCUCUACCAAAGAGUGGUUCCUGCGGGCCAGCGAUGUCUCCCAAAGGAAGUUCCUGGUGGGGAUCGUGAAGCGAUUCAACAGCCUGGAUUUGCUAAACUAUGCUGAGAAAGUCCUGCAGACCUCCCACGGGAAGGAUUUCACUUUCAGCCGGUCCCGAAUCACCCCCAGCCUCAAAGAAGACAUGACCACGUCCACUUCUGACCGGGCUUUGAAUAUAGUAACUCUAGAGAAAGCCAUGUCGGAGACCUGGAAGUGGUUCAAAAACAGUUCCUACUGGACUAAAGCAAACUACACUCUGCUCUUGCUUCAGAUGUGUAACCCUAAGUUACUGUUUAUAGCUGCUAACCUGGUCAGAGUCCUCCUGGUCAGAGAGCAGAGUGCCAGCUCAAAAAGAGAAACAGAGGACGAGGAAGACAAAAUCACUGUGGUCUUCACUGAGACCCAAAGCAGCUUCAAGCUAGAGGAACACACGAAAUCCAGCUCCCAGGUGCAAUUGCGACCCACAUCUCAAUCCUUCCUGACUUCUUCCACAGCCCUAGAAAGUGGGGUCUCAUCAGAAGGAACCAGCCUGUUUAGUGAUAUAGCUUUCCCGUCAGCCUCCAAUGUCAACAAGUAUAAGGACUUCAUCCGCUGCCUGCCGACCCAUCUGUCCAAGUACAUCCUGGGGUUUCUGGAUACAAAGAGCCUGAACAGGUGCACUUCUGUGAACCAGCACUGGGCUUUCCUGGCCAAACAGGUCAAGCAGGAACAUCUGUCGCAUAGCCUAGUCCUGGAAGAGAUUGUGUACUUGCAGGGGUCAUGUCCUAGGGGAGUCAUUCCCAGCUACGCUAAAAUGACCAAUGUUGUAAUUCCAAGGAUAAAUAAAGAUGGGGACAUCAUCCCAGCAAGAGGCCGCAGAUGGAAACGCAGAGGAAAGGAGGAGAACAACCUACAGUCAGCUUAUCAUGGCCAGAUGACUGAAACUGUCCAGCUGGAGGAGAGAAACAUCUUCUGCGGCUCCUACAAUGUUCGUGUCCUUACAGACCAGUCAGAUCCACACAGGGUAAUCCACUACUGUGGUGGGAACUUGCUUGCCAUUGGCUCACUGGACCGCAAAGUCAGGUUCCUUGACGUGUUGGAGCUGAAGGAAGUGCCGCCUGUGAUCAGUGGCCAUGCUGGGAGCAUCAAGGCAGUGUUCCUCAAUGAGAAGAAAGGGUUCGUGCUGAGCGCGAGCUUUGAUCUCAGCAUCCGAUGCUGGAAUAUAUUCACUGGGGCUUGUGUGAAGAUCCUUAACGGUCACUCGGGGACCAUCACCUGCCUGGACGUGUACAAAAACAGGGUUGUGUCAGGAGCAAGAGACUGCAUGGUCAAAGUGUGGGAUUUAAGCACCGGGCGAUGCAUCAAAACUUUAAAACACAAAGAUGCCAUUUGGACAGCUAAAAUCAACAACACCCACAUUGUGAGCGGUUGCGAAAAAGGGUUGGUGAAAGUGUGGCACGUUGAUACAUGCGUGUUGAUCAAGACCUUAGAAGGGCACCAAGGCCCAAUAAAAUCCCUGGCCUUUGAUCAAUGGCAUCUAGUGACAGGAAGCUCUGAUGGAUUUGUCCUGGGAUGGAGCAUGGUGGGAAAACAUAAGCGAUGUCUAAUGGCUUUCAGGCAUCCACAGGAAGUCCUGUAUCUGGCGUUUCUGUAUCUCCGAGUCAUCAGUGGCUGCGCUGAUGGAAAAAUACGUAUAUUUAACUUCCUGACUGGGACCUGCCUGAAGGUGAUGAGGGCCAAUAGCAGAGGUGACCCUGUGGUGUCCUUCUGCAUUGUAGAAAAUAGGAUGGUGAUCAAUGCUCUGAGCAGCGUACUGAUGUUCCAGUUUGAGGAUGUAGAGUGGGACUACACGCUACAGGCUGACCGAGAGGAAGUAACAAAGGAUAAGGAAAAGCACAAAGAAAUCAGGGUCAGAGUGCAGCCCUAUCCAUAUGUUCGCGCUCAGCACAUGAAACGGGAUGCAGCCAGCCACAGGAAGAUAUAUUAUUCCGACAAGAAACCAGAUGAGGACCAGCUAAUGUUGGCAUACCUGAUUCGCCGUCGAUCAACAAGGGGUUCCGGGACACCUUCAGGUCUCCAUUAUGAAUUUGUGAAGGCACCUGCUCACCGAUCAAGUCAGACUUUGCAAAGGAGCAUGGGUUGCCUUGAUAUAAAGCCAGACCAGAAGAAAAGGUCCGCUCUUCCUGGGAAACGACAGGCCUAUAGCAGUGAUUCAGAGGACUCAGGUCGAACAUACGGUGCAACAACACCACAAAGCUUGUCAGAGUCUGAUAAAGAAUCUGGCUACGACUCUCCGGUCCAUGCAUCUUCACUUGCUGAAAACGCAGAGGCCGCUUUACAGCGUAUAAAGAAACGAGGUCCGCAUUGUCCCACUUCUCCUGACCAGAUCCUCCUGACUGUUAGCACGCUGCAGCACGCCCACAAGCCAGACCAAGUCAGCUCCAAUAUGAUACCCCUUGCAAAAAUCAGAGAUGUCUGGGGACCUCGGCUGCGCCCCCAGGAACGCCCUAAAAAGAUGUUGUCAUACAAAAUCCCUAAGCAAGAGAAAAAGGAUCAGUCCACCCAACUCAGACACAUUAAAUCUGCCAGUGGCUCUCUGAUUAUGAAAAGAAUGUCCACACCCUUUGAAACCAAAAGACUGCAGCUCAACUUGAAGAACUCUUUGCAUGGGUCUGCAGUGCACUCUUUCAUUCCUGCUCCCGUGAUUGUACGCUCCAAGUCAUGCUGCAGCUUGCCAGACGAGAAGAAGGUUCAUACUGGCCAUGGCAGAGCCACUUCCCUAUCUGAGGGUGGGGCUCAGUUGAUUGGCCACUUAACAAGCUCAUCUGAAUCCAUCAAAUCGACACGCAUGAUGAUCGCACAAACUAAAAUUGAAGCAGGGCCCCGGAGAGAAAAUCCCCUCUUCUUACAAACCGCAAAUCCUUACCGGCUCAACACCGGGUUCAGGCUUCUGACAGUGAAGCAGAUGAAAAUGUAUGAAGAAGCUACAGCUGUUGAGUAUCAAGCUCACCGAACAAAACGUAUAGCAGACCAGCAAAAAGAGUGUAGGAAGGCCUGGUUAAAGAAAAUUAAAGGCCUCCCCAUAGACAAUUUCACCAAGGAGGGAAAAAUAGCUGCCCCCGAACUUGGGCUUAAUGUGUAUGUCUGAGCGAAGCUCCUUAAGGCACACUACCAGCUCUUUUAAAGAAAUAAAUGCAAACAAAUAGAUGGGAUUUGGGGCUUCUUGGGUUGCUCAAAUUGUUUGAUUCAGCUCUGGUCCCCAUUUGAGGAUACCAUCUCAUGGCCUUCAAUGUUCUGUUGGGGGAGGGAUUAUAUAAGGAACACUGCAUGACUCUUCAAGAAAAUAUUAUUGACAUAGUUAAAUAGUCCUCACAACAGCCUAUGAGAUUAUUAUUCAGCUGGGCCUAGUGUUACUGUAGACUGAUUUAAAUGUGAUCAUCAGCAUCUCCCCUUGUGAUCACCACACAGUGCUAUUCUUGCAAGUUUUCCUCAUGAGGCCUCAGACAAGCUCCAAGAGGCUGAUCAUC